AGUUUUUCGACGCCGGCGGAUCCCUCGAGCCCUAGCUAGGAAAGUAGGGUUUUCGAUGGAUUCUCUGAGCCGGAGGGAGCGGGCACACCGCGCCGUCGACGCCAUGAAGCCUCUGGGCUUCUCGAAGAAGGAGGUCUUCGCCGUCCUCAAGAACCUCCUCCAGCUGUUCGAUAACUCCUGGGAGCCCAUUGAGGACGAGUGCUACCGCGCCCUCGCCGAUGCUAUCCUCGAAGCCCGCGACCGGCCCCAGAUGCAUUGCAGCAACAGUACAAGAGGGGUUCGGCUUCCGCCGGAGGGGGAGGGCUGCCGGCCCCGGCCUUCUACUUCCCGUGACAUCCACGACGGUCUGGAUGGUGGGACCGAGGCCCUUCGCAUCAAGAGGACGAGGAUCAGCGCUAGUUGCUCUAUCGAUCCCCAGUCUCCCGUCUCCGCUGCGGAAGCCCUUGAUGAACCUAUAGGCGUUUCGUCUGAGCUAAGCCAUCCACAAAUGGGGACCUCAACCCAAUGUCAGCGGCCCACUGCAUAUGGUGGCGUGCCUUCACAUGGGAAUACUGCACACAAGAAGAGGGCAAUACAAAUGAUGGAUGAAGAUUUCCAACAUACCGUCUUCUUGAGGGAGCCUAAACCUGAACCUGAUACUGAUGAUCUACAAUGCAGUGCCCCUGCAUCCAGCUGUCAGAAUGCCCAACUUGGCCGCAUUGCUUCCCACCCGCUCAAUGCCAGCACCUUAGAUGCUCUACCUGUUCAGGCUCCGUUAAAGAUUUCAGGAGCUAAUGGCAGGACAGUCCAGCAUUAUAGAAGUACAGCGCCUUCUUCCUUUGUUGAACCUAUAAAUAGCAAGACGAAGCAACCUCAAAGUCUGGAAAAUGGGUUGGACCAUGCAACUAUGAUGCACAAUGCUGGGACAGGAUCUGCAGCUGGAAAAACACAGGAAGCACCUUGUUUACACACUCUUGUAGCUUCAUCCACUAUGGGUGAGGUCGAGAUGUCGAUCAAAUGCUGCAUAGACCCAUCAAAAUUCCACAUGCCUGAUUUAGAAGCUGUUUUCAAGAUGGUUGAGGAAAAAUGCCUUCGCUCACACAAGAGCCUCCCACCUGAUUUUUCCAUAGCCGGUCUCAUCAAGCAGAUAUGCCAGUGUGUCGCACGACUAGGCAGUGAUCAUGCUGCAGAACAUAAUAAACAAUCAGAUGCUUUUGGCAAGAUCAGAAGCUCACAGGAUAAGCCAACAACGAGUAGUGCUCCAUCCUUGGAACCAAUUGAUUGCAUGAACAGCAGAAGCGGGGAAUAUAAAGCUGUAGAAGAAUCAUUGAUUGUGGAAGCUUCAGAGAAUGGCCCACCAAAUUCAACUACCCAUCAGCAGGCCCAUUUGGUACUUCCUCCCAAUGGGUGUACCCAUGAUUUAUCUGACAUAUCAAAGGGAAAAGAAAGGUUAAGUAUAUCAGCAGUAAACGAAUUUGGUAGCGAGAAUUGUUUACCUUCCUUUUAUUAUAUACCAAGAAAUCUUGUUUCCCAGGACUCCUAUGUUAACUCUGUUGAAACAAUUGGCGACAAGGACUGUUGUUCUGAUUGCUCUGGCAACUGCUUGUAUGCCUCUGAACCAUGUGCCUGUGCAAGAAAAACUGGUGGUGAAUUUGCCUAUACACGAGACGGAUUGGUUAGGACAAAGUUCCUUGAUGAGUGCAUCUCUAUGAACCGGUUUCCAGAAAAACAUAAUAUGUUCUUCUGUAAAUCUUGCCCACUUGAGAGUAUCAGGAACGAGCCUUCACCAGAGCUUUGCAGGGGCCAUAUUAUUAGGAAUUUUAUCAAGGAAUGCGGGAGUAAAUGUGGCUGUAACGCGCAAUGUGGUAACCGUGUAGUUCAACGUGGUAUAACUUGCAAUCUGCAGGUGUUUUCGACACGGGAAGGGAAGGGGUGGGGGCUACGCACACUUGAUGAACUUCCAAAAGGAGCUUUUGUCUGUGAAUAUGUUGGAGAGUUGCUAACAAAUACGAAGCUACAUGAAAUGACUACUCAAAACAUGCACAAUGCUAGGUACUCAGUGCUCUUAGAUGCUGGUUGGGGUCCUGAUGGGGUGCUGAAGGAUGAAGAAGCUUUAUUCCUGGAUGCGACAUUUUGUGGGAAUGUUGGGAGAUUCAUCAACCACAGAUGCUAUGAUGCAAAUUUAGUUGAGAUCCCCGUUGAAAAGGAGACGCCAGAUCAUCACUAUUAUCAUUUUGCAUUUUUCACAACCAAGAAGGUGGAAGCAUUUGAGGAGCUCACAUGGGAUUAUGGUAUUGAUUUUGAUGGUGAUAAGCAUCCUGUCAAAUCAUUUGAAUGCCUGUGCGGAAGCAGAUACUGCCGUGGUAGAAAGCAUUCGAGGACGCGAGGCAAAGCUGCUUCGAAGUGAAGUGUUGACUGAAAGCAGCGGUGCAUGGUUGGUUUGGGAAAGCGAACGGACUAAUCAGUUUUAGAAUGCUUUGUUAACCUAGGUAGCUAUGCAUUCAUAAAGUGCCCGCUGUGCUUGACUGCAGAACGUGAAAUUCAAUUAGACAGACUGAAAUGCAAUGUACGUACGCUACUCCUAAACCCUAAGCCAUCUGGCCAUGAUCUACUGAUGAUGAGGUG